UGAUGAUAAUCAGAUAAUAAUCACUUCAAAAGGGCAACUUCUUUUUCCCAGGAGUUGCCCUGUUUACCCUCGAGGAGAAAAUUGUCUAGUAGAUAUUUGAUUAAGGGUACCUUUAUCCCUUUUUUGAGAAGGAUCUGUUUAUUGUGCUUGCUCACUUAUAGGAUACAGCCUGCCCCACUACACUCAGUAAAGCAACAAUGGCAUUAGUCUCAUCCUCGUCAAAGCUCAAUAACUUUACGGCUGAAGAAAUUCGUCAACGCAAAUUUCUAAAACGUGGAUUGCAAUUAUCAAUUCUUGUUUUAGGUCAAUGCGGUACUGGUAAGUCUACCUUCAUCAACACCUUGUGUGAUGAAGAUGUUAUUGCAACCAACAGAGCUGCACCAGUGGAAUUAUUACUAGAAGAAAACACUGCUAGAAUCUAUGAAGGUGGUACCCAAAUCAGUUUGGAUAUCACGAUGGCACCAGGUUUUGGCGAUUUCAUUGACAAUAGAACAUCAACCUCUAAGAUUGUAGAGCAUAUCGACAAGCAAUUUGAGAAAAUGCUCAGCGAAGAGUGCAGAAUUCAAAGAAACCCUAAAAGUAAAGACACAAGAAUACACGCUGUUUUAUACUUUAUCAGACCAACUGGUAAGGGAUUACGCGAAUUAGAUAUUCAUUGCAUGAAGCAGUUGAGCUCCCGAUGCAACCUCAUCCCAAUCAUAUCAAAAGCUGACUUAUUAACUGAUGAAGAAAGAGAUUUGAAUAGACAGUUGAUUAUGGAUGACAUCAGAAAAUAUGACAUUUCGAUCUAUGAUUUCUCUGCAUGCUUUGAUGACGUAGAUGAGGAAGAGAGUAGAAGUAUUAUGGAUUUGGUACCUUUUGCAAUGAUAUCUGGUACAGAGAGAAAGAUUAUCGAUCAGACCGAACAUAAGGUUAGAAAUGUCCCACAUGGGAUCAUCAAAGUUGAUGAUCCAGAACAUUCUGAUUUUAUGGUUUUGAGAACUUGUUUAUUGGGUGCAUGUCUUCAAGAUUUAAAGGAAACGACCCAUUCUGUCUUUUACGAAAAAUAUCGUACAAACAUGUUAUCUAAAUCUAAUGUGAUUGGGAUCAUGGAAAAGGGUGAUGAAACGUCCGCCUCCACAAACCUUAUUUCACGUUUGUCCAAGACAGAAGAUGUUAUUUGAAGGUAGAUGCCACCCGCACUUAACCAUAAUAGCUAUAAUAUAUAAUGUUCAUCAUAUAAAUUCUAUACAAACAUAUUUGGGAAGAAAUAGAUUUGCAGUG